AUGUCCGGGGCCCCGGUGCGGGUGCUGCUGCUGGGGCCGGUGCCGUACGCGGAGGCGCUGCGGGUGCAGGAGCGCUGCGUGGCGGCGGCGCGGGCGGCGCGGGGCCCGGUCCCCGCCGCUGGGGCCCGGGCGGGGGGGGGCGGCCCCGCUGCCUUGCGCGGUGACAGCGCGGUGCCCGCGGAGAGCGUGGUGCUGAGCGAGCCGGCGCACCCCGUGUACACGUGGGGCUUGCGGGGCGCGCCGGACGCGGCGGCGGCGGCGGCGCUGCGGGCGACGGGCGCGGGGCUGGUGGCGGCGCGGCGCGGCGGCCACAUCACGUUCCACGGCCCCGGGCAGCUCCUCGCCUUCCCCGUGCUCGACCUGCGCCGCCGCCGCCUCCCGCUCCGCGGGUACGUGGCCGGGCUGGAGGCGCUGGUGCUGCGGCUCUGCCGCCGGCUCGGCCUGGGGGCCGCCCGCGCCCUCCCGCCGCCCUUCACCGGAGUCUGGAUGGGCGACAGCAAGUUGUGUGCCAUCGGUGUGCACUGUGGCAACCACAUCACCUCGCAUGGACUGGCACUGAACUGCUGCACUGACCUCACCUGGUUUGACCACAUCGUCCCCUGCGGGCUGGAGGGGAAAGGUGUCACCUCGCUGAGCCAUGAGUUGGGACGGCACAUCACUGUUGAACAUGUCCUGGAGCCCUUCCUCGACUCCUUCCAGGAGGUGUUUGACUGCACCUUGGACUUUUCAGGAGAUUAGGACUGUUGUGGUGCCUUGGCCUGGUGUUUUGGCAAAGCCACGGCAUGGCUGAUGGACAUCGUGGCAGCCACCUGGGGCUUUGUUGUGAGACAAGAGCUCUUGUGCCUUUGCCUGUAGACUCUGCCUGGAUGGUGGCACAGAGGUUUAGGCUGCUGCUUAAACAUCCAAACCUCCCCUGGGGCUGUUCUCCCCAGGCCCCAAGGACUCCAUCCUUCAGCUGAGACCAUCCCUGUAUCACCUGCUGGGGAAAUACCCAAAUAGGUGCUUUUGUGGUUUUUUUUCUGCUGCUCUCCCCGCAAAAAUCCAAAAUUUGGGUGAACACUCAUGCGCCAGCUGGACUAGAGGAACAGGAACUGGUGGGUCGAGCAUCCUUCCCUUGCUGAUGGAUAAAAAGAGGCAGAUUUUAUAUAAAGAGAGUUGCUGGGAACUUUUGCUGCCAAUC